AUGUGCUUGCCACAAGCAUACACCAGCUACUUUGAUCUGCAUCCUACCAAGGGCUACUCGGGUGUGGUCACCUACGUCAAGGACUCCAGCUGCAGACCACGUGCUGCUGAGCGCGGCAUCACCGGCACCAUAGCUCAGCCCAGAAGUAUCGGUUGCUACCCGGAUCCGCGCGAUGAAGCAGUGUGGGAGUCGAUCGAUGCGGAAGGAAGAGCCUGCGUGAUCGAUUGCGGUCUCUUUGUCCUCUUCAACUUGUACUGCCCAAACGAGACGGACGAGAGCAGAAGAGAAUACAAGAUGGCGUUCAAUGCUGCUUUGCAAGAACGCGCCCAUCGCCUCCUGGAUGCUGGCAGACACGUCAUCAGUGAGUCUUUCCGUCCAUUAAGCGGGCAUGGCAAGCGAAGGGAAGGGCAGAUUUCUGACGCGAUAAUGCUUUUGCAGUUCUUGGCGACAUCAACGUUGCACAUCUUCCUAUCGACCACUGUGACUCUGUUGGCCGCGAGUCGGCUUCCGAUUUUCUGAGCGCGCACCCGGCGCGUGCCUGGUUGGACUCCUUUUUGGCCCCACGAGGGAGAUUCCACGACGUCACGCGGAUGAAGCAUCCUGGUCGAAAGGGCAUGUAUACGGUGUGGAAUACUCUGAUAGAUGCCCGACCAGCGAAUUACGGCACGCGCAUCGACUAUAUCCUAAUUGACGAAGGCUUGAUACCUUGGUUCAAAGACUCGGACGUGGCUCAGGACGUCUACGGCAGUGACCAUUGCCCAGUUUGGAUCGACUUGCAUGACGAGAUCACAGAUCGAAAUGGCAAGAAGAACCAUCUGCGAGAUGUGCUGGGUGGCGGCGAGGCGCAUGCUGCUAGGAAGGCCCCACCGCUCGCCAGCUGCAAUUGGCCUGAACUCAGCCAAAGGGGUAUUAAAAGCUUCUUCGGAGGCUCUGCCGCGUCGCCUGCGCCCGUAGCCUCUGGACAGGCUUCGCUUCAACUCGGCGAGCCUGACACAAGUCGGGCCGCUCACAAUAAUGAGUUGGGACUGUCGACAUCAACGUCAGUGGCCAGAAACUCCGCGAGCCCUAUCAACCCCAACUCUCCUUCACGAGUGGAUGCAUCCCCCGCAUCACCUUCGGCGACGACAUCAGCUAGCAGAGCUAAGGGACGCAAAUCGGACGCAAACAUCUUUGCAAAGGGACGCAAAUCGGACACAAACAUCUUUGCAAAGGGACGCAGCUCUUCGAAGCUUCUCAUUGCUUCCAAUCCUAGGGAAAGCAAAGCGAAUGGACGCGACAAGGAUCAGGGACAAUUGAAACUGAGGAGCUUUUUUUACACAGCCUCCGGCGACACAUCAGAGCCCUCUCGCGUGGCGAAGGAGCCUGCCACGCAUCACAUUGAUAUGACGAAGGAAGAUCCACCAUACACACGGUUGCCCCAGUCUAGCGUAGAUACGUCUUCGAGCAUCACGAGACAUGAGCUCGAGCAGUUGAACGUCUCCCGAGUCGACACGCAGCAAAUCUCCAGCGCCGAUGCGGGAUUAGCAGACGCAGACGAAGGCAAGAUCGCAGAGGGCACAGAAGUAGCAUCGGGCUCGCAACCGAAAGACGCACCCGCAGAUGACGCGGCUACGCGAGUUUCGACCUCUUUGGCAUGGGGUUCUAUCUUUGCUCCGCCUCCCGCACCGCUCUGUCGGGUGCACGACGAAGUCUGCACAGCAUGGACAGUGAACAAAUCGGGACCUAAUCACGGACGCAAAUUCUACCUCUGCUCCCGACCUGUGGGACAUGGGUAUGAGCGCUCCGGAAGAGACAAGAAGGACGUGGACCGGCAGUACAGGUGCGAUUUCUUUUGUUGGGCCAAUGAGGGCAGAGCGAAAGCGGCGAGAGCAAGCGCGCGCAGUCGAGUGAAUAACAAUGCUGGCAAGGAGCCCGGCGGAGAAGCGACACUUAGAGAUGUGGCUUGGACUGCACCUGCAUUGGGCAGCGGAGACAAGCGAGGAAGGUCGUUCGGCAAACGAUCGAACAGUGACAGUGUCAAGGCCGAAGAGGGAUCGCCGAUUCAGCGUUCGAAUGACGAUGUCAAGGAAGCUCACAAACGCGUGAAAUGGUAG